CGGGGGGAAAAAAGAUUGAGGAUAAGGCACAAACUGAAGAAAUGUGACAAUUCAACGGUCAUUUUCAUGGCGGAGGGAAAACUGGUGCGAAAGGAGUUAUUCUGGGACUCCUUUGAGCCUCGAAACGCGGGAUCAAAAUGCUCAUAGUGGAGAAGACCACGGACUUCCCCUCUGCUGAGUUCUCCCUGGUGGAGGAUGUGGCUCUGCACUUCACCUGUUUGAUGGACAGGCUGAAUGAGCAGCGCCUCUUCCAGCCUGACCUGUGUGACGUUGACAUCGUUCUGGUGCGUCAGCACAGCACCUUCCCAGCCCAUAAGGGCGUGCUGGCGGCCUACAGCCCUUUCUUCCACUCCCUUUUCGCCCAAAGCAAACAGCUGCGACGGGUGGACCUGUCGCUGGACGCCCUGACCUCUCAGGGCCUGCAACAAAUCCUCAACUUCAUUUACACCUCCAAACUGCUGGUGAGCAGCCGCACUGUGCGGGACGUGCUCAACGCCGCUACCCUGCUUCAGAUGAGCGACAUCGCAGCCUCCUGUCGUGACCUCAUCAGCAGCCACUCGCUGAGAACCACCUGCGCAGAUAUGGCCAAUCAGGAAGGGCUCGGUGGCGGCGACCCAGCUGCUGUAGCAAUGCCCUCCAGCCAGCUGUACCCAGAGAUUAAACAGGAGUCAGAGCUGGGGAGGGUAUACAAAAGGGAAGGCAGCAGCCCGUUCUCUGUUAGAGUGGAGGAGGCAGGCAAGACGGCCUCCCAGCAGAAGCAGUAUUACCAGAAGGAGGACGGGUCAGGGGGCGGGGCUGGAACAGGUGUGGCUGCUUUGUGCAAAGUCGAGAGCAAUGGAGAGGAGUCGAAGAACGCAGAUGGCCACACUUCCUUCAACAGAGACCAGAUCAUUGUUGAAGUCAACCUCAACAACCAGACCCUCAAUGUGUCAAAGGGAUCAGAGAGCAAAUCAGCAACUGCCACAGAGGCAUCCACUAUGUUUGGUCGUUGCCAUGACAACCAGAGAGAUUCAGAAGACGAUGAGGAGAAUGAGGCGGAGAAUGACGACACAGUUGGAGAAGAGGAUGACGAUGACCUGAACCUGAAGAGAGGGGACAUACUGGGUCAGAGCAGUGAAGAGGACGAUGAGGAGGAAGACGAGGAAGAGGAGGAGAACACUCUAAACAUUCCAGGCUUGGAGCAGCCGGCCAUGAUGGAUCGACCUCGCCGGGGCACCAGAGCCUUCGCCAUGGCGGGUACAACCGCCUCCAUGCGGCAGACACUCGCAGAGGCCACGCUGGCCAACCAGCGGCAAGGCGGGAAGAGGCCGCUGGAUACGGAGAGCCUGGGCCAGAAAGUGAGGCUGGAGGAGAAGCAACAUUUCCCGUGUAAGAAAUGCCCUCGCGUCUUCAACAACCGCUGGUACCUGGAGAAACACAUGAACGUCACUCACAACCGCAUGCAGAUCUGCAAUAACUGUGGGAAACGCUUCCUGCUGGAGAGCGAGCUGCUGCUGCACCAACAGACCGACUGUGAGAAGAGCAUCCAGUGUGUAACAUGUGGCAAGGCCUUCAAAAAGCUGUGGUCGUUGCACGAGCACAACAAGAUCGUCCAUGGCUACGCUGAGAAGAAGUUCUCCUGCGAGAUCUGUGAGAAGAAGUUUUACACCAUGGCUCAUGUCAGGAAGCACAUGGUCGCCCAUACGAAGGACAUGCCGUUCACCUGUGAGACGUGCGGGAAGUCGUUCAAGCGCAGCAUGUCCCUGAAGGUUCACUCUCUGCAGCACUCAGGAGAGAAACCCUUCAAGUGUGAGAACUGUAGUGAGCGCUUCCAGUACAAAUACCAGCUGCGCUCCCACAUGAGCAUCCACAUCGGACACAAGCAGUUCAUGUGCCAGUGGUGCGGAAAGGACUUCAACAUGAAACAGUACUUUGAUGAACACAUGAAGACACACACUGGAGAGAAGCCGUACAUCUGUGAGAUCUGUGGGAAGAGCUUCACGAGCCGGCCCAACAUGAAGCGCCACCGCCGCACCCACACCGGUGAGAAGCCCUACCCCUGCGAGGUGUGCGGCCAGCGCUUCCGCUUCUCCAACAUGCUCAAGGCCCACAGGGAGAAAUGCUUCCGCGUCAGCAACCCCAUGGUUACCGACGGCAACGACCCCCUCGGCCUCCAUCAGCCUCUGGCCUCGCCUGUCGUGGACUCUUCCGGUCAGGUGCAGCUGGGGACGGCGCUUCCUGCCACGUCUGCGACCACACCCGCCGCUGCCUCGAGCCCACACCCUCUCCAUGGUACCCAGCUGUCUCUUCCCCUGCUGCACUCCAUGGGGGGGCUGCCUCCCACCCCUCAUUUACCCCCACCGCCUCCCCUGUUCUCUGCCGGUAGGAUGAACUCCAACAACUAACAAAUCUCUGUAGCAUCGAAAGCACUUUUGUUACUUUUGUUUUUCUUAGAGCUUUUAAGAGGACUCCUGCGGCGGGAGAGUGAUACACCUCAGUGACGUUUACACUGAGGGGAGAAACUGACUGAAGGCUACACGGAGGCCUCGUAAGAAAACACACAUACACCUACCACAAUAAGAAAUAGUUAUUUUUUACUCUGUUAAAUACAAUAGAUAACCUCAGAGUCCAGUAGGACGCGUCGUCACCGUGCUUCUCCUCAUGAGUUUCACAACUCUGUUCUGGUUUCAUUUGGGAUUUUUCCACCACCACACGCACAUCUCUCCAGAGCCUUGCACAAUGCAUUGAUUGUAGCAUCUUUUACAAAGUGGGAGGAAGAGUUUCCUGAAUCCUCACUCAUACGGGGGUCAUCAGUCACGCGAGAACCACACUAUGAUGAGAAAAAAAAAAAAAGUUUUAUUUUUGAUCGUUCUCUGCCAAGAUGUAGCGAGUGGUUCUGGUCUGACCCAGCAAUAACCAAAUGUGGAUUUGUCUCUGAGCAUAUACAUGUAUAUGGCAUUGCCAAUAACCAAAUCCUGUUAGCUCACCUGCUAUAGUUAGAUAAUGUUAUACAGCAUUUAUAAUCGAUCCUGCACCUUACAUUUAACUCUAGUGAUAUUUAAAAUGUACUCCUAAUUGUCUCGAUUUUUAUAAUUGUGAUAGUGUGUAACUCGUGGCACGUUAUGUCAAUUUGUAAGGAUGCGAGAGAAGUUGUGAUGCGUGGAGAGUCGGCCGUGCAAUGCAGUGUGUGUAUGUGUGUGUGUGUGUGUGUGUGUGUGUGUGUGUGUGCUUGUGUGAGACGUGAGGCAGAGAUGUGAGAUGAAGAUCUACAUUCAGCUAAUCAACACUUGAGCUUCCCCCGAGUCAGGAGAUGGAGUAAUUUGUUGACUCUCAUCUUUUGCUUACAUUAAGCAAGCGCGCUCCUCUCCUGUAGAUCUGGCUUCGAGAUGGUAUCGCACUUUUCUGUGACUUGUUAGUAAAAAACCUAAUGUACUCAGACCUACAGUAUAUUUGUAGGUUUAAAAAUCUAAUGUUAAUGUUAACUUUCCCAACUAAACCCGAUCUGUAUCAUAGUUUGCAGAGUGUAGGGAUGAUAAUAAUAUUCACAAAAACCAUCUUACGUCACGUAGCUCAUUAAGUGUGCACAUUUCAUCAUGAUAGAUAUCGUGAAACAAUAAACAUUAUAUUACAAUGCCUAAAUCUCUCAAAAAGCACUGACAGUGAGUACUUUUGGCACAACAGAGCGCAUCACUAAAAGGGCUCCUUAUGAUGACAUCACUGUUAUAAACUGGUCAGUGGUGAUCUGUAGAAGCUGAUCAAAUUAAGAGACAUGCAGUAUGUAAUACCCCUCAGACAUCUGUGGCUCUACGUGCACUUUUGACAAGUUUGUCACGAACCUACUCAAGUAGAACUGAAAUAAUAGAAUUGAAUCCUCGUCAGUAAAAAGUUCUCCUCUUUGACAUUUUGGGAAAUACUUCUUGCAGAGAGUUAGCUGACAAGAAUGAUACCACUCUCCUGUCGGUAUGUUAAAUAUGAAGCUACAGCCAGCAGCUGUUAGCUUAGCUCAGCACAAAGACUGGAAACAGUGAAACUGCUAGCUUGGCUCUGUCUGAAGGUUAAAAAAAUCAUCCAGCAGUACCAAAAGCUCACUGAUAAACAAGUCCUGUUUGUUUUCAUUCAUUAUCCGUAACCACUUUUCCUAUUCAGGGUCAUGGGGGGCUGGAGCCUAUCCCAGCUGACAUUGAGUGAGAGGCGGGGUGCACCCUGGACCGUCACCAACUGUUGUUGUGGCCUGAAGUGCCUGAUUUCAUGGCAGCUUUUCUAUAAAAAAAUUGUGAUGCAUGUUGCUGUUUUUAGGUGGGGGGGGGUUUUGCAAUGUAAUUGCAAGUGCAGGUGAAAAUUGCAAAAAUAGUUGCUUUUUUUGUAUAAUUAAUUUAAAACCAAGGCAACUUGUUCCACACACAGACUGUAAAAAAAAAAAAAAAGGGACAUAGGUGCCAUGACAUCGCCCAUGGAUUUGUGGGCAUCCAUUUUGAAGCCUUAAGUUUGGUAUAUCAACUGUCGCCAUCUUGGUUCUUGGGAGCCAGAAGUGAACAAGGGGUGGGCCUGACUCACAGACUGUGGUGACACCUUGCCAACAGGCAAUUUAUGUGAAAAUUUAAGUCUUAAUAAAAUUUAAAUGGGUGAGUUAUAUAAAAAUCCCCCUCCUGUAUAGUUGUCAUGAAGGGGUAAAUUAGCUAUAGAGACCAAAACCAUUUUUUGUACCAGGCUGUUAACAUGAUUAUUUCUGUUAAAUUUCGGCAGGAGUAUCUGUGGGGAUUGACUGCCAUCUGGAGCCAGCCUCAAGUGGUCAUUCAAAGAACUGCAGUUUUUUGGCACUUCCUCACUGGCUUGAUUUUUCAGCUCUGGAGGUCACCGCUUGGUUUCACACCAUGUUUAAACAUUUGGCUGGUUUCUCCUGUUAGCAUACUUCAUGCUAAGCUAGGCUAACUGGCUGCUGGCUGUAGCUUCGUAGUUACCAUACGGAUAUGAGAGUGGCAUUCAUCUCAGCUAAUUCUCUGCAAGAAAGCAAACAAGCAUACUUCCCAAAAUGUCAAAAUAUUCCUUAAAAUCUGACACUUCAAUCAAUUAAUUACCCAAAAAGAGUCUCGGUGCACUAUCGAUGCACUCCCGCUCACUUUAUCUAUAGACUUGUAGUGUAGCGUUAACCUGUAAAUAUUGUUAAGAUGUGUUUCUUCCUCGUGAUUAAUUCCUCAUGUUUACAUUUCGAGAGUCAUUUGAAUGUGCCCCCACGUGCGUCUUGGCUGGUACUACCGGAAAGUUGGAGUUUGUGGAUAAGCUUUUGUAAAUGUAAUAAGCUGUUCAUUGUUUUAUUUAAAAGACAAAUUGAAGCACCUUAGUGUAGUCUUACAUCUUAGCCCACCCCCAGUUACACGUGUUUCUUAAACUGCCAUGGUUAAAUGGUUAGGGCCACAUCAGAUGCUAUUUGAAAAUGGUACUUCUUCUUUUAUUUGUUCGUGUGUCCAACACGUUUUGUACUUUGAUUUGCUGCUUUUGUACAGGGUCCAGUUUGAGACUGCCCUUUAAAUGAAAAGUCUGCUGUUGAAUUGUUGAGUAUAUUCUGGCUGUGAUCAAUCCAAGUUAGCCUUACUGGACAGAGAGCUCCAGGGUCAGAAUUGAGCUACAAUUUAGACAUUAUGAGCAGUUUGAUGAGGUAACUGCCAACGUCUUACACCCAUCUAGGCAUUGAUCUCGUCUUUGGUAGAUGGGGCUUCUGAUUGUUGACAGAGAGAGGACUAAAGGCAAUGCCACAUAAACAUAAAGACUGUUGCUCUCUUGUGGUAUCUUAGUAAACUGCACUCUGUCAGCCACACUAAAGAAAGAGAAAAGCCUCCCUUAAGAGUACAUUAUCAUUCAUAGUGUGUCUCUAGUUAUCACUGGAGAAGCUCAUAGUACUUUGGGAUCAUAAGAGAAGGCUAUUCCCACUUCACUGUUUUGAGAAGCACUAGCCCAAGAGACAAUACUGAGAUACUGUGGUUAUAGUUUGUGUAUUCGCCUUAUACUCGGAGGGAUUUGAAUGUUUUUGUGUAAUGGAUGAUGAUGAUAGUAGCUGAUGGUAAAGGAGGAGGGAUAGUAGUUAAUACUACUGAUUUAUGCACUUUGAAUUUGAUUGCCACAUUAGCCCAUAAUGGGGAACAUGUAUGCAGACACAAGGUGAACAAUAGAUAGCAGAUGCUUACUGAGAAAUAUGAUUUCCACGUAGCAGGCUGAAUCCAAAGGCAUACAUUUUAUAUUUAAAUGUACCGCGUGGAUAUCAGUGAUCAUAAUGAUUAACAUCUACAAAUUACAGUUAAUUUAUUUGUAUUAUUUGUUUGAAUUUGAUCGGUUUGUGGAGUCAGUUAUGUGUCGCCCUGCACCCUUAACUGGUGUUUCCAUGUUUCAGCCUGCCUGUUUGACACUGUACCACUCUUUAGAGGCCCAGACACACCAAACUGACAUCAAAGAAAUAAUGAUGACAAAGGCUAACAUUGCAUUACCUCAAGUUGCGCUUGAACACCCUGCAAAGACGUCAACCAACUAGCACAAACACUCUGCGCCUGCCUGAGAGGAAAUGACUCUUCAUACCAGCAGGUGGCGGUAGUCUGUUUUCAUCAUUCAAAAAGGGAAAGCAGACGCCAGACAGGGCGGAUUCAAUACACUAGUUAGCCAGUUAGCAUAUUAACAACACAACCCAAUGUUGAAGGAACAAAAGAUAUUUACUGGCGCUAGCGAGCACUAACACAAACUACGAACGGUUUCUGCUAAAGAGCUCAAUGGCUAAAAACAUAAUCUUACCCAUAUAAGUUUGUUUCGAUCUCACAAUCUCAGACCUUCACACCUCCGUUUCUCUUCUCCUGGACUGAGUUGACCCAAUCAGCAGGCUAAAUCAGCCGUAAAAAGCCGCACGAGACAAAUAGUGCCAACGGUGCGAAACACACUGCCAAAACUAGGGCAACAGACUUUCAACAACGGCCCAACAUUGACCAACAUUGACCAACUGACUGUCGCCUUGGUGUGUCUGGGCCCCAACAAGUAUUUGUGACUCGUCCAUGAGGGUGCAUACAGCACAGCUACGGCUGUUUCCAACUGGCUUCUUCUCCAAUCACUACCAUAACUAAGAGAGGUUAGUUUUAGCUCUUGCCAGUUUGCUCCUAUUAUUAAAGGAGCUUUAAUAUGUGACUGUUAUAUUUCAUGCUUUGAGAAAAUGUUAAGGAAGUUGUCAGUUGCCAAAUUGAGUAACGAGAAAGAUAUCAAUUAUUGUGAGCACUUUAUACUCCAGUUCAGCUAGUAUGGUUUGAAGGCUGAUACAGUAGCAGUUAUAUGAAUCGAAAUCUGCUGAUGGCAGGUGUGUGUGUUUUGUUUUUUUUAAUAUUUCCAUGGCAUAAGAUUAUAGGAAAUUACAAAAAUUGCAGUCGCUGCCAGAAAUGUGUCCUCGGCAGGUGUUCAGUCCUCUGAAAUAACAUUUUAUUUAGACCAAAGGGACGCCAAAAGUGUUUGUUCAGACCCUGCAAAAUUAAGUCCUACUGUAUGUACCUGCUUGGAAUAAGACUGAAAUGAUAUAUUCGAAUCCACUUAAGUUACAGGCUUCCAACCCAGUGUGGUAUAGAUCAAUUGGUGUUAUGAUAAAUCAAACAAACUCUAUCAUAUUCAUCAUUUUGGAGGAGAAUGACACUGAGCAGAUGAUCUGAUUUGUUUUUAAAUACCGGCAUUUAUCAAAUUAAUUAGCAAAUGGUUAAAAAAAAAUGUAAUGUAAUAAAACUAAAUUGUUUAGCCCCACAUGACACACUUUAUUACAUACAAAGUUAAUGACACAGCAUUCUGAAUAAGCGUGAAAUCUAAAUCCAUCCUAGAAAGCAGAAUUUAAAUGUUAAUCCUCUGUCUUGGAUUAUUUAGUGAACAAGUCUUCCCUGAGAUGCGAACAAGACAAAACCCAUCUGACGCAUCAUCAAAGCAACACUUAAACGAGCUGUGCAUUAAAAAUAUAUCGACAGACAGACAUUUAUGAGCCCUGAUGUCUCCCAAAUCCUAAAAAUUAAUGUAACAAUCUUUUUAAGUAUAAGUUUUUUUAUUUAAAAGUUGAAUGGCAGUCAAGCUGAGAUUCUAGAAACUGAGAAGGGAAAUUUUUGCACAGUCUUUAGGAGUCCUAUAUUCUAGGCAAGUAGGCUUUAUGUCUUUAAUUAGCCAAAUUCUCCAUUACUAAGGCUAGCAGCCAAAGGCUCGUGUUAGAUCAGGCAAAGGUGGACAUGCCCUUGUCCUUAAAUGAGGGUUUGUCAGUGAUUAAGUGGGUGCCUAGACCCCACAGUGACUGUGCACUCUGCAUUGCACUCAAGGCAAAUUUUUGUCACAUCAUGAAGCAUUGAGCAUGGCAGUUGGUACAAAGCAGAUUGCUCAUGGGAUUGCCAAGUUGGGUCUCUACUGGGACUUGUAGUUUUUGCGUUUAGCUGCUAGAGCCGUAGUGUGUAUCCAGAAGGAUUUGAUUCUGUGGCCUUCAGUUUGGAGAAAAGUUUUGUGAAUAUUGCUAUUUUAUUUUAGUAGCAGUUACUAAAGUUUCAUGUCGAUAUUGGAGAGAAAGAAUUGUAUGUAUGUAAGAAUUUAAAGAUAUUUGUUACUCUUUUGAAGAUGAAAAAAGGCUCUUUUUUUAAAGAAUGGAGAAGUUUUUUUGUUUGUAUUUUUAUCUACCCAUAUUUUGGGUGCAAUUGUAUGGAGCCCCAAAACUGACAAAAGGUUGCAGCAGGAGUCAAAAAAUGUAACAGUAUAUAAAAAAAAAAAAAGAAAUAUUUUAUUUGAUAGAUAAUAAAAUGAAUCAACAACUACUUUAAAAAUCAAUUAAUCAUUUUCAGUCAUUUAGUAAAAGCUAAAAUAUUCUGGUUUCAGCUUCUUGCAUGUGAAUAUUUUCUAUUUUCCUUAGUCUGCUAUAAUAUUAAAAUAAAUAUCUUUGGGUUUUGGACUGUUGGGAAAAAACGAUGUCUGACAUUUUAUAGGUAAACAACAAAUUCAUCUAUUGAAAAUUUGUGUUAUUGUUUUUGUUUUGUUUUUCUAAAUCAUUAUUUUCAGCCCUAGAAAGAACAAAUGUAAAAGUUUAUUGCUAACGUAUCUUUCCUUUGACCUCCAGUCAGUUAAAAAUAAGCUGCUUUUUGUAUUUGUGCUUAGUAUGUUUUAAAAGAGUCAUUAAAUCACACACUGAUUUACAAAAAUUAGCAAGAUUAGCUAGCUAACGCCAGUUAGCCUAAGCUAGCAAACUUUGUUUUUGUUAGCUUGCUAGCUAAAUGCUUUAGCUGCUGUUACAAGAAUUUCCACAGUGAUAAACUACAAGACAGUGGUAUAAAAUAUAGUUAUGAUCAGUAUUUUAUGUACUGACGGGGUAGUUUUAUGAAAAAGAUUAGCUUUAGCUAGGUAGCUAGCUGACAAGGCUGGUGCUCAGUGUGUUUAGCCACAGUAAAGCUAGCUGGCUAGCCCAUGCAGUCCUCUAUAUUGGUCAUACACACACAAAUAAUAGUAUUUUGCUUUUAUUACCAACUGAUUUCAAUUUAGAGUUACUUUUUACACUUUAUUUAACUUACAGUGUUAUUUAUUAAUGUUUUCAGUUGUAUUUGUGACUCGUCUGAUAAUCUUUUACAACAUUUUGUCAGUUUUGGGGCGUCAUAUAAACUAGAUCAUAAAAUUGGAAAACAAAUGUUGGUUAUUUUGCACGUGAAAGUUUGGUUGGCUGUUCUAAUAAGUUUGUUUGAUGGUGACUUUUCCCCUUUUUGGGCAAAGAUAUAUAUGUGAUAAUAUAACCAUAGGCACCAAUGCCAUAGUCAAUUCAAAGAUGUAUUAUCCACAUACCCUCUACAUCUCCCAUACUUACUCAUACUGCAGCUGUGUUAAAUCAUAAUGUGUACUGUUAUUUGCUGAUUCUCUACUUUAUAAUGUAAACACUAUGUCUUAGUUAACUCUGGUGUACAAAGACCAUGUGUAGGCAGUAGUUGUCAAGUUCAGCUAUAUUAAAAUACUAAAAACCGUACAAGGACUAUAGUGUCUAGAGGUGCUAAUAACAUUAGACUGUAUUUUCUGUCUUUUAUUGUAUUAUUGACUAGUGUUUACUGUCUGUAACAAAGCAGAGCGUAAUGAAAUCAUUUCAAUAUUAAACAGUAUAGAUAUAUUAUUGCAGAUGGAGAUGUGUGCUGUGUUUUUAUUUCUGUGCAGAGCAACUGGAAUUG